GCCAACUGCCGAUCGGGUCGUCUGAGCGAUUCGCACGCUACUUGAACGUUUGUCACCGGCGCUUUGGCAGCGCCAAACCAUCAGAGUGUUAUCCCAAACUUCCGACGUUACCGUCCGUGUGUGCUGGCGAAGUGAUUUUAUCACUCCGUGCGUCGUCGGGUCGGUCGGUUCGAUCAUACAAACAGCGUGCGUAGCCUGACAGACAGAGCGACUGACUGACUGAUCGCAGUUGCGUCAGAGAUCAGACUCCGCGCUUGGCUUGUGUAAAGUUUAGUAUCCAUCUAUACUAUAUACACCACAGUAUAAGAUCCGGUGGGCUGUUGUCCGUUCUAGACAGUUGCGAUCUAGCGGUGAAGCAAGCAGCUCUCGUUUGCGAUUUCGGAAGUGCGACUAAUUUUGUUUUUGCGUGCGCGUGAUUUGGUGAGAGAUCAAUUAGCGAUCAUUUUGUUUCCCGAAUUCAAAGGGAGAUUUUUGGAGAUUGCAGUGAUUCAAAGCUGCUGCAAGCAGUAUUCGACCAAUUGGUUCGGUGUUACCGUUUGUUGGUGUAUGCGUGACAGUAGUGGCGGAUAUAAACGGCUAUUCUACUGAAAGUGACAAUUGGAAACAAUCGAAGCAAACACGGGAAGUGUGAAAAUUAGUGCAUCCCGGGAUAAAGAGAAAAACGACAACGGCAGGACGACGACGCGUCUAGUUCGGCAGUGACAGCAGCAACUUUACUAAUCCAACAACGCCCUCAGCUCACGAACCUCACUUGCCGCCGGUCACCACAAGCCGCGUGGUCAUAGUGGCUCUCUUCUCGUUGGAGCAAAGCGAAAAAAAAACACUAAGUGUCGGCAUCGUUGAUGGGGUCGGUGUUGUGAGAAAUGCCAACAAGAAGAAAAUCGCUGCAAUUAUAACUCGAGUGAGGUGAAUUAGUGAAGCAUAGCGCAAGAAGUUGAAAGUGCGCGAAUUAUCACACUAUUGAGGGAUUUUCGUCAUCGCUGUCCAUUGAAGCAAUCGCGCGGGUUCCAGCAGAAAGUGAGUCGUUACCGACGUUUGUUUUCGUGUGUUGAAGAAGACCAAACAGAAAAGUAUUUAUUCUAUACGCGAGAAUCGUGUGACCCGUGAAAAGUGCCAACCCACGAAAUAGUUAAGGGUCGAAAGAAAAACAUCGCCCACGGUGAACAGACAGAAGUGAAAAAAAAAACAAGAUAAUAAAAGCACAAGUGAGCACAAUGACCGUGGCGGCAUAUCAGGACGUGGCAGCGGCGUCAAAGCUGCAACCAACAACAACAGUAACAUCGACGACGGUCAUCAGCGAUGCGGCCCAGGUCGAGCAGAAGCUGACCGAGAUUCAGCAGUUUUACGAACGGACCAGUGUCUUCAUUACCGGCGGAACCGGAUUUCUGGGGAAAACCUUGAUCUAUAAACUGCUCACAAGCUGUCCAGGAAUUGAAAAUAUAUUUCUACUGGUACGAAGUAAACGCGGAAAAGAUAUAUUCUCACGUGUAGAAGAAAUCUUCGAUGAUGCCAUGUUCGACAAAAUGAAAGUAGCAUGCCCAAAGUACGACCACAAAAUCCGCGCCAUCGCGGGCGACUGCAUGCUCCCGAACCUCGGUAUCAGCCCAUCCGAUCGGGAAGUGCUGAUCGAAAACGCAAACAUCGUGUUCCACCUGGCCGCCACCGUGCGGUUCGACGAGAAAAUGAAAACCGCCAUGCAGAUCAACGUCAAAGCCUGCCGGGACGUCCUCGACCUGUGCUACGAAAUGAAACACCUCAAAUCGAUCAUCUACGUGUCGACGGCGUACACCCAGUGCCCGCAGAAGGUGGUGGACGAGCGGUUCUACGAACCACCGAUCGACUCGAAGAAGAUGAUCUCGCUGACGGAUUGCGUCAGCGACAACAUGAUGGAAAACAUCACACCCAUCUUGCUGGACAAGUGGCCAAAUACUUACACAUUCACAAAAGCUAUCGCCGAGGACGUAGUACGUCAGAACAGCAGGGGUAUGCCGAUAGGCAUGUUCCGACCAGGCAUUGGUAAGUACAGAUUUUAUCCAGCCAGAACCACAGCCCAAAGCCUAACCAGCCUGGGCCUAGUAAUUACGCUCAUUUUCCUUUAAAUAAAUGAAAACGGA